CAGCUGUGACCAGCAGCACGCCCUCGACCCUCGUCAGCAGUACGCCCUCGUCCCUCAGAGGUGAUGGCAGGCGACACAGGGGAUGGCCUCUCCCCGCACGAGGCUCUGCGAGCCCAGGUAGACCGUCUCUGUGAGCAGAUGGAGGCCCUCCUAGAGGAGAACAGGGAGCUAGACGGGGCCCACCAGCUCCCCAUCACGGAGUUCACCCUCAACCCCCGUCGUCUGGCAGCACUCCAGGACCGUCUCGUCCACAAGGAGGUGAGUGUGGUGAGGGAGGUGGAGAGGACGCGGCUCCUGAAGCUGCUACAGUGUCAUCACCUGAAGGAGGCCGCCUGGGAUAACAUGGCCGUCAAGGCCCGCUCCCUCUUCUGUAUUUGUUGUGACGUCAGCGUGAGGAACUACCCGGUGGCGGUGCUGAGACCCGGGGCGUGGCUGGCGGUGGUGGCGGUGGUGCGCAACAGGCUGUGUGAAAUAGAAGCUUUGCGCGAGGCUGCCAAGGGCGAGACCUUAUCCGGACGUGCCAGGAAGCCUGGAAUAUGGAAAAAGGCGUCAAUUGCGGAUGAUUUAAAGCCAUCCGUGGAUGCAGAGGAGCCUUCAACGGACGCAGAGAAGGCUUCAAUAGACGCAAAGAAGUCUUCAACAGAUACAGAGAAGCCAUCAACAGACGCAGAGAAGCCAUCAACAGACGCAGAGAAGCCUUCAAUGGAGUCAGGAAAGUCUUCUACGGACACCGGGAAACCCAUGACGGACGCGGCAAAGAUUCCACUGGACGCGGAAACGCAUUCAGUGGACGAGGAGCAGCUUCCCGGUGGUGAGGGAGCUGUGGGCGAGAGCGAGGACAUGGAACUCCAUCUUGGAGAGGCGGAGUAUCGAGAGCUGCUCUACCCGCAGCUGGAGCUCACCUGCAGGGAGCGGGUCGAGAGGCAGCUGGUCCUCAUAAGGUUCAUGAUGCGACGCGUGCAGGAGGCCUUCAACGCCAGGUUCGACGCCGUCCAUCACAGGAAGGGCAGAGUCAUCGAAGAGGUCCACAGACUCUCCGGGAAGCGUCACCAACUUAAGGAGGAGCUGGCGAGGCUGCGGACGGAGGAAGGCGCCAAGAGUCGAGGCCACAGUGCUAGCAGCAGCAGCAGGGAGGCCUCUGAAGCAGCCAUGACCCCCACCCUCCUCCAGAAGGAGGACGAGGACGAAGAGUACGAGCCGUCGUGGGUACCCGAGGAGACCCCGGAGCUGAUGCUGGAGGUCCACGACUCAGAGGUGAGCAGGGAGGAGUGGAGUGACGAGGGCACUCGUGAGGGCGUCCAGGGCAGCAGGAGUGUCACUGACGACCACUCACCAGGAACCCCCACCACCCAUGAGGCCUGGACGGAAGCCCGACCUUUCUUGUCAGGAAGCCUACCGUCCCAAGCUGAGACGGGCGAGACCACCACCACGCCCGUCUUCCAGACGCAGCGGCCACGGGAGGAGUGGACGUGGGCGGAGGCGCGGGCGUGGCGGGAGUGGCAAGCAGGCCAGGAGGAGGAGGCCAGACGGAGACGCGCCCACGCCACCACCCUCAGCCUCCAGCUGGAGAGGAUCACCCCAGCCAUCACUAGUCUGCUGCAGGAGUUCGACAGUCAGGUGCUGAGCUUGGUGGAUGCGAGGGUCUCGACCGACGAGGCGUUGCUCCUGUACCAGCUGGUCACAGUAAGACUACGCCACCGCCUCGCCCGCCAAGACCACCUCAACCACACCCUCACGGAUCUCCAGCUCCGUCGCCAGCAGGUUGAGGAGCGGGUGGAACAGGUGGAGUCUGAAACGGAGAACACCCGCAGGGAGGAGGCGAGAGCGAGAGCCAAACAAGAGCGCCUGCAAGAGCAGCUGAAGGAGGAAGAGGUGGCCUUGAAGAGGGCUAUUAUUAACCUGCCAAUCGAUCAGUACAACUACCUCCUGACCUUCUACAGCAAGCGAUCGCUGAGCUGUGGUCGUCACCUGGACCUGCCCAGUGCCAGAGGAGAAGGGGUAUCGACACCCCACACCCCAUCCACCCCCCUGAGCCCUGCCACGGCCGCCUCACCUGCCUACACCCCUGAGAGAGGUGGGACGCGACGAGGAAGUGCCAGGCCCUCUAGACCCCCCAGCGGCGCCUCCCACAGCGAUGACCUGCGACCUCUCGACGACCUCAGGCUGGGGGAGGAGACAAUGCCGGAGGGUCUCGCCGGAGGCACCAGGACCUGGAGACAGUUCCUCCGUUACCGUCGGCGCCGCCAAGACCUGCUGGAGGAGGCCGAGGAGGCCGCAGCGAAGAGAACCUCCGCCACGGCCCAUCUCCAGGUUUUGGACGUCCGCCAUCAGGCGCUCCUUCAGGAGGCGAUGGAGCUUGAGGAGGAAGCCUCGAGUACCAGCCGCGACCUGAUGCUCCUGGACGAGGACAUGGAGCUGGUGUUGAUCCUCAGGAGCGGACAGGUCAAGGUGGACCUCGACCUCACGACGGAGACGUUGCAGCCGGAAUGGAGCAGCACACAGCUGGUGCAGCUGGAGGAGCUGCAGCGUCUGGAAGCCACUGCUGAGAAGUGUGGAGACAUGGAGAGAGGUGGAGGUGGUGAGAGUGUGGAGGUGGAGGCGCUGAGGACACUUCGAGGACAACUUCAGCUGGAGGUGGAGCUCGCCCGUCAGGACCUCCAGCAGAUGAACACCUUCAAGGUGGGCCGUGACGUGAUGGCUGCGGCGACCAAUGCGGUGGGCGGAGGAGCACAACAAGACCCCUCGCAGCUCUACGCCUCCCUCCAGCGCCUUCAGAAGCUGCACGGGGAGCAGGCCGGGGGCGUGGAGGCUGUCUGCAGCAGGCUGGAGCGUAAGGUUGGUCUCUCCCGCCGCAAGGUGACGGGCCUCCAGCGCCAGGUUGACGCCCUGGCCGGGGAGAUCGACGAACUGCAGACGCAGGUGGCCCUGGCCCAGCCGGAGGCCCAGCUGGCCAAGAGAGAGAGCAGGCUUCGGCGAGUGAUGGCUUGUAGUGAGCUGAAGGCUCAGGUCCGCCGCCGCCAGUCCACCAUGCUGGACCUCGAGCAAGAGCUGGACACACUCCGCCUCCGGACCUUCCCCAUGCUCUGCCGCCCUCCUCAGACGCCCAGACCCUCCUCCCGCAAGUAGAUGUUCAUUGUGGUGCUCCGAUAAGGUCAGUAGACGUCUGGCGUGGUACUGACACGCCUAGUUAAGCUCUUGGACGAUCCGAUAAGGCAACUAGCCAUUGUUCACAUUGUUCUGGGAGGCUCCGAUCACAAGUAGACGCAUAGUGAGGCCCAGGAGUGCUUAAGGGACGAGUGACGAUGAUUGAGGCGGGGACCAAAGAUCCAAAGUUCAACCCCUGCAAGUACAACUAGGUGAGUAACGAAGUAAGCGGUUAGUGCUAAAUCGAGCGCUAAACACAACUUAAAAACAAAAAAGCCGCACUUAAGUCAGUGAGUGAGCUUAUGAGCAAACAGACUCUGUCAAAAAUCCAAAGGUAAAACAAAUGUUACUUUAAUAAAACAAACAUAAAACGUAACACCUGCAACACACCUGUCUUGCACAUGUUAAAUAACGACACAAAAAAUGAAACAUAAAGAUAAACACAGAUUGUAACUCGUGAAUAACUCGGACUUGCGCACAACAAUAAUACAAUAAAAUAAAGUUAUAUUACCAGACCCACGAAUCUUAAUAGACUGCCUCUGGCCAGUGUCUUAAGACCAGGGGAUUUUCGACCUUCACCAGACCCAAUUGAUCCAAUAUCAGUUGCUGUCUGGUGGCUACACAACCUUACGGGCUAUUCAUGCCCGUGCCACCUCUUGGGUGGCUUAAUCUUUAUGAAUUCGCUACACAACCCCAGACACCAUCUAGCACCCCGCGCUCCGAAAUUAAUAUAUAUUACAAAUAAAUAUAAAUUUAUAUAUAUUAUAUAACAUUAUAUAUUAUACAAUAUAACAAUUUAAAAAAAUGGAAGUAUGUUAAUUAACAUGAGCAGUGAGCCCACAACACCCAUGUCAUUGUUGAUUAAAUUCAGAAAUUAACGUAAAUCUAGAGAGAAUUGUCAGGGGAAAGCACCAAGCCAUUACGACUAUAUAGCACUGGGAAGGGGUCAGGAUAAGGAUUUGGGAUGUAACGGGACGGGGGGAGGGAAGGAAUGGUGCCCAACCACUUGGACGGUUGGGGAUUGAACGCCGAUCUUCAUGAAGCGAGACCGUUGCUCUACGGUCCACCCAAAGUAGUGGGACUAAAUCUGGAGCCGAGGCAUGUUUGUGGGCGAGCCACUACACACGCCACCUACAACUCGCACCAAAGUAGUAAUAAACUUGAAUGAACAAAUCCCCAAGGGCCGUGAUAAGGUUCGAACCCACGUCCAAGAGAAUCCCAGACGCGCCUUAAUCGACUGUGCUACGACGUUAUGUAGUAAUAAACCUUUUUUCCACAGACCUUCCACACAUGUUAUCUCUCAGAAUGUUUGGUAAUAUGUUUAUUGUUUGUGAUGUGUGUCUAUGUAUGUAUUAACACGAUGUACUGAACGGGGUGAGAAUAGCUUGAGCAACCUCAUCCCUUUGUGUGUAUUUUACAUCAAUAAACUUAUUUCAAUUUCAAUUUCAAUUCCACACAUGACGCGGCUCAUCUUAUCAAGCCUUACAAUACUGACCAGCGCCUCAAUGUCCGAUAGUCUAUAUACCUAGGUGGAACUUUCUCAAGCGAGGUAAUACAACUGUGGACCCACACACCCGGCCACACUACAGCUCAAUUCACUGUUUUGAAAACGCUGCAAGAAUGAGAGUUUUGUUUUAGAUUCAGUUACUGGGAACAAAAAAGUUCCAAGUAGCACGGGCUAUGGUGAGCCCGUCGACAAACAGAGAAUGAGAGGUUCAUCUAAACGCCGAUGGCUUCGUGUUCAUCAUAUUAAUCACCCAUCUACCCGAAAUACUUUACGUUCUGGUGGUUUGGAAGAAUGUAAUAAAACCAUUGUCGUGUAUUCUCACAACCCAAUGUACCUUCUUGUAUAUAAAUUAAUUCAUUAAUUAAUUUGGCUAUAGAUAUAAUUUACAAAAUAUAACUGAGUCCCCUUAAAAUAACAUUUUCUUUUAUAAAACUAAAAUUUGACAUAGAAAACGAACCGUGAGAAACGAAGCAAACUUUAAAAUACCUGAUUUACCUGAGGGUCACUAACUCUAGUGGCCUCGACGAGGACAGGAAACCGGCGGCUUGUCGAAUACAAGCUAUUUUUAUUUUAUUCCCAGCCUCAGUUUCCUAUUGUCAGUGGACAAGAAGCCUGUUAGGCUUACCUAGGCCCCCCCCCUAGGUCAGGUGGGCCUAUUCCUAACGCUACAAUAAUAAAAAAGAGCCGAAUUACGCUAGUUUGAAAUCACAAUUGCACAAAAAUCACAAUUGCGUGAUGCAUAAAAAAAAGGCAGGCAGCGUCUGGGAUGCUCUCGGACGUAGGUUUGAAUCCUCGUCACGGCCCUUGUGGAUUUGUUCAUGAACAUCAAUAAAAACCAAUAAUGGGCAGCUGGAAAACAUGCACAUAUUAGGAUCACAUAAGAAACCAAUAAUAAACAGUUCGAGUUAUCAGUGCAGUUUAGAGCAAUGGUUUAGAAUUUGUCAAAAGCCUUCUAUAUAUAUUUCUUGAGCACGAUAUUGCAUUGUUGAUGAGCUCAUUAGCCUGGUGAAAUUGAAAUUGAAAUUAAAAUAAGUUUAUUGAGGUAAAAUACACACAAAGGGAUGAGGUAGCUCAAGCUAUUCUCACCCCGUUCAGUACAUCGUGUUAAUACAAACAUUCUGAGAGAUAAACAUAUACAUUUCCACUUAGCCUGGUGAACCCGUUUGUUCCUGAAGCCUUGCUCUCCCAUGUUACGGGUUUGUUCAUAUUUCAUGAACUUCAUCAGUAUGUAGGCCAUAAUUUGUCUCUAAUAAUUUGUCUGAUGCUUCUAAGCAGAGAAAUGAGUCCUUAAGUUUGUAGUUUGUUUUGUCACGGCUUAGGAGUUAAUCCGACAGGUCAUUUAUAUGUCAUGUGGAAAGUAGUCCCCAGUCCUUGACUGUAUUUAAUGUUUGUGUGAAUUGAUUAUUAUUCUUGUUGUUAUAUUCCUCACAAGUAUAGUUAUUAUUGGAGUGUUUUGCUCUUUAAGCUUCGAUCUAAUUGUUCUUCAGGUCAUCUAAGAUAGAUAUGUGGUUUAUCAGUUGAUAUUCAUUGUGAAAAACUAGAGUUUUUCACUAUACAAUCAAGUGAAAACUAGAGUUUGUGAUGGUUGCAGGUGAUGAUGUAUCUUUAGGAGCCGUGUUCUUCCCCACAGAUAUAAACACAGCCACCUGGUGAAUAAUCUCGGUAAAAACAUCCUUUCUGGCCAGGCUCUCGUAAUCUUACAGCGCACGUCCCCCCCCCUCUCCCCACCUUGGAAACCCCCUCCCUCUCCCUCAGCAAUCAUACCCCCCCCCCCCCCCUCCCUCAGGCAUCCAUCAUCCCCCUCCCUCAAGCAUCCAUCAUCCCCUCUCCCUCAGGCAUCCACCAUCCCCCCCCUCCCUCAACCAUCCACCACCCCCACCCCUCCAUCAACCAUCCACCACCCCCCUCAACCAUCCACCACCCAUCUCCCUCACUCUCCACCUCGCUCCUCACACAGCUCACCAGCCGUUUUGUGAUAUGGAUAAAAUAACUUUCUCAUUUAUACAAAUAUAUUGUUAAAUAUGAACUUACAGUAAUGUAGACCUGUGCUUCCUCGUGACAUUAACAGUGCAAGUUAAAUUAUUUACGGUGCCAGAGGAACCCCCGCAACUUAUAAAUGAAUUACUUGAAUCAAAAUUGGUUGUACAUUAACUAUUGAUAGUGUACAAGGUUUCCUGUCUCCUCUGGAGACCCCAUGCGCCGCCACUACACCACGAUGACUCAAGACUAGUCCUGGGCUUUACAUGCGAUACCAGGUGUUGUAAUACACCAUCUGGCGGACACAGGGUGACCGAGUGACCCUACCAUGAUAGCCUUAUGAACAGUGAAGUACGUCUUCCACCAGUAGCCUUUGAACUUAUAAUACGCAUGAGAUCGAGAGCAUCACUAAUGCACGUUAACUAACAGUUGCCCCAUUGUCUGGAAUCUAUUAUAUAUAGAGAGAGAAUGCAUGAUGCAUGAUUGUAUGUGUGUCUCUCCAAGGUUGGAGGCCAGAUGUUUGGUGCUAGCCUCACCCAACUUUGUAUGGUGAAGGGUCUGGGAUACAGGACAGACAUAGGUUGUUCGUAUUCGGUACUAUUGGUCCUAUUAAGAGAGGUGUCGGUUUGAAAGGUGGCUGGUAGAGUCCUUGGAUUUCGAUGAACGAGAAUUCAUAAUAAUACUGAUGACAUGGCCCUGUUACAAUAUAACUAACCAUCCUAUGUAAUGGGAAUAUUUAGCAUCACGUAGCUAGCUCAUGGCACACUCUGUACUCCCCUUCAUAUAGUCUAGGAUGACUGUACAUAUACAGAUGUACUUAAAUGUGUUAAUAAUAAUAAUUUGUAUUAAAAAUAUACAGAACAUGAUGUAGGAUUUUAUUAAUUGUUACAGGGGUAUGUAUAUUUAAUAAGGCCACUAAUACAUAUAGCGUCUUGCCCAUAAUUUAAAAUAAUUCAGUUAAAUUAUUUAUAGGUUUGAUGGCGUAAACACUUAAUAAUAAACGAGAAGUAAUCUAACUUAGAAAUUGUUCAAGAAAUUUAGCCAAAUAAAUGCAGCUUUUAAAGAGGGUGUGAUAUAAAAAUAAUUAGGGAACAAUUGAUUGUCAUCCGCCUUCAAAGCCCUCUAUCACAGUAGUCUACAUCCUCGGCUCAACGAAGAAUUCCGAGUUCGAACCUCGGGCGAGGCAGAGAUAGUUUAGCACGUUUUCUUUCACUUGAUGCCUCUGUUCACCUAGCAGCAAAGAUAUUCAAGCGUUUUGCACCUGUUGUUGCAGGUGCAAUUAUUACUAGGUUGCAUCCUAGUAAUAAACCGAAACAGUUUGUUCCUCAACAAUGGGAACCAUGCGCGUAGUGGACGACCCAGAUAGGCUGCAGGAAUAGGUGGAUAAGUGGCUACUAGAGUUUAAUCCCACAAAAUGAAAAUUAAUAAUAUUUGGGAGAAGGGAUAGAAAGGACAUGAGGGUUUACAAGGAAGGUAUUGUCAGACCCGGGAGUGAAUGCAACACCAGCCUUCACACUAGACACACACAAAUUAAAUUAAAUUAUUUUUUGUAUUCAGGAAAAGGACAUACAUAGAUGAAGAGUUACAAACAUAAUGUUGGAUUUAUAGAUAGAGUUAGUACGCACAAUACCUAAAGCCACUAAUACGCACAGCGUUUCGGGCAAACGCCUAGCCCAUCCAAGCAGAAUGGGGCCCAUUGCAACAGAAUAUUGAACAUUCCAACACAUAUUGAAGCCCACUCCAACAGAAUACUCAGCUUAUAUUGGCCCAGUCCAAUAGUAUACAUCUCCAGCAUGGAACCCACACCUGCUAAAGCACAGAUAGAAAUUAAAAGUGAUAAAGAUAUUUGCCGCAAGACAGGUACCAGAUAUAAGAGAAAUGCUUGAUGAGGACUUGCUAAGUUAAAUGAAACUAUAGAUAUUACAAUAGAGGACAUGAUGCGACAUGAUCACAACAUGCACGAUACUGACCAGAAUAGACAAAAUGAAUAUAAAUAAUCUUUUCCGGAUGAAGAACAAUAGUACGAGGGAACACGGGGAAAUGCCAAGAAAUACUGAUAUAAAGUGAGAGUAGUAAACAAGUGGAAUGAAAUUGAAUCAAUGGUGGUGGAAGCUGCCACCAGUCACAGCUUCAAGAGCAAGGGUGACACCAUUGGAAAAUUGGGAUGUAUAAAUGCAUCACCAGGUGCCAUAGCUAUGAGGCAGGGCUUGGGAGCUGAAUCUCGCUUUCUGUAGGCGCAACUAGGCAAGAACACGCAAUAUUGUUCUUCAUGAAAAUAACAAUAAUAUUGUUUAUUAUAUCUCGGGUUUCUACGUCACCCCCCUCCCCACCCCCUCUGUUAUUAAUAUUUUGGGUUUCUACGCCCCCCCCACCAUCUCCCUGCAUACUCCAUGCAUUAGUUACCGGGCGGGUGAACACCUGUGGGUCAGUGGGACAGUGCAUAUAAGGCGAGGCUUGAGGUGAAGGAGUCACUUGUGGAGCGACUGACUGCUGAAGCACAAUUGUUACAAGCCCCAACAACUCUAUA